AUGCCGGCGACCCGUUCUCGUUCACGGUCCCCAAGACGAUCUUCUACUUCCUCUUAUUCAAAAGAUAAGGCUGGGAAACCAAACUCUCGUGAGCUAAUCACUAUAAAAACAGAAUCUACCCCAGACAACAAAGUGAAAGCCGACCAUAGUGGCAAAGACAAAACUGCUUCGAGCUACAAGUCGGACUCGGCUAAACCAAAAACAGACAGCGCAAAUGACAGUAAACAAACAGAAAGGAAUUUCCGAAAACCGUCCGAAUCACCGGUUUCGAAAAGUGGUAACUCGGCGAAUAGGAACAUGAACUUCAGAAGCAAGGAAAGAAAGUUUUCUGGUCGAUGUAGGCUCUUUGUUGGAAACUUGACCAACUGCGAAGACACUGAACUCAAACAGAUGUUUGAAAAAUAUGGAGAGGUCGCUGAGGUGUUUAUUAACAAGGAGAAGGGUUUUGGCUUCGUCCGAGUGGUCAGUAUACAGUAGUGAAACAAAAUGAGCUGAACGAAUUAGGCGCAACUGCAUUCAUGGAUGUGGUUUAAUAAAAGUAGACGGUAUUCAAUCGAUAGAAGUCGGUCAUUGGAAGCCUAAUCGAUGGUACUCCAUAGUAAUCGAUUUUUGUCGAUCAUUCAAUUUUCAGUGGAACCUCGUUUUAAUGUAGUCCCAAGGGACUGGGGAAAUUUGUUCGUUAUAUUAUUGAGGGUUUGUUAUAUCAAACACGUCGAUUUAACAAAUUGUAGGAAAAAAACCAACCAAAAUGUCCAUUAUAUUGAGGUAUACACCUAUUUGCAAUAAGGUUGUCAUAGAAAAAAGCAAAAAGCAAAAAGCAAAAGGCAAAAAGCCAAAUAGGAAUUAAUUAGCAUUUAAUUAUCAGUGCUUGCAACAUUCCCAACACACACGCUUAUAGCUGAAUAUUAAUCACGUAAUAUGAGAGAAAUCAUCUGCACCAGUUUCUUGGUGUCAUUCUAAUGCAAUUCGAGGCUGAUUCAUCUAGCGGAUUUCAAACGUGCUCUAAUUACAAACGUACAUCGGAUAACUACUAAAGAAAAAAUGGCUCCAUUUUUUUUUCAAUAAAUAUAGCCUAGGGUAAAUUCCAGGAACGCGACGCGUCUUUUCGUUUAAUGCUAAAUAGAAAAGCCAGUCUGCAUAUGGUUUGUAGUGCACAACACCAUCAGAUCACAAUUUUCAAGCAACAAAUCAGGGGCGUAGGCAGGACUUUUCAUCACGGAGAGGGUGAGCCGUUCCUCCGCCAGUUCCUCUCCCGCGCCACAAACCAAGCUUCGUUUGUCAGGACCCUUUUGUUACACACAUCAGUGUUUCAUGUGCGGAAUCUUACAGCGCGGAAUUACAGAAUUAUUUCUUGUUAUUGUGAAAGACUUCUUAAAUAAUUGUUAUAUUAUUAAAAUACGCAAAUGUAAAUCACAUGGCUAAUUAAUUCCUAUUUGGCUUUUUGCUUUUUUCUAUGACAACGUUAUUGAAAUUAGGUGUAAAUUAGUAAUUCAUUUAAAAAACCCAGCAUUUCUGGAUCUGAACAAUUACUGUAAUAACAUUCGUAAGGCUGGGUAACAUCUGCAAAGCAGCACCCAUAUUCUUGUUCUGGGUCCCCAAUUACCACAAAAUGGUUUUCAAAAUUUCCCUUUAGCCUUAUUACCAAGUUGACAACGGCUUUUUUAACAGGCCAAUCAUGGCACAUACUCAAAUCCUGGUAGACAGGUAGGGAUCCAGAACAAGGCUUUCAGCACUGUUUCAUAGAAGGAGAUAACCAGAAAUUAAGGUCUGUCUAUUCCUGAGAGGAAUGUCAAAAAUGCUUAUCUUCGAAUUGGCUGAAGAUUAUGUCUCUAGGAUCCCUCACAGGGAAUAUUCCAGCCCAGCAGCUGUGUGGCGCUGUUCCCUGUGCCAUACCUACGGCAAUUGAAUAUCACCAACUAAUGUACAAAGUUAAUGAGAAUCCUAUGUGCAGUUGUAUUCGCAAAUCUUAGCAAUAAUAUCCAGAGUCACUGCCUAAAUUAAAAGAGAUACACAAGGCUGUAGAGACUUUCAAAUUUUGUUGGUUCUCAAAGAAUGUGGAGCACUUGUAAGGGGGUAUGCAUGACGUUCACAAAGUGCUUAAUCAGAAGAAGGCAAGCAAUCAAUCUCUGUAGAUUUUUGAUGUUAAUCAGUUGAUUCAGUUUUAUUGAUGAUGAAAAAGUUUGAUUAUAUACUCCCUGUUGAAAGGGUGGGACUCGUAAUCACCUUUUGCCAGGUGAUUUUGGGGGGAUGCAACAUAGCCCUGGAAUAAUGAGCACACUAAGUUCUCUAUAUUCACCUGAGUAGUCCUGUAUAGUCCAGAAAGGUUAUCACAAAAAAAUUACGCCUUAUCAAAAGGCCUAAUUGCUAAGAAGUGACAAGGGUUUUGAUCAAAGUCAUUGUUUUUUUAGGACACUCGUUUAAAUGCGGAAGCUGCCAAACAAGGUGUUGAUGGAACUUAUCGAAAUGGAAGGGUAUUGCGGGUUCGUUUUGCUACACAUGCAGCCGCUCUCAAAGUCAUGAACCUUGGUCCUCUGGUUACAAAUGAGCUGUUACAUUCAGCUUUUUCCCAGUUUGGUGAUGUGGAGCGAGCAGUUGUUGUCUGUGAUGAUAGGGGAAGAUCAAAGGGCUAUGGUAUUGUUGAAUUCUCCAGAAGAAACUCUGCUCAAACAGCAUUGCAGCAAGUUAAUGAUGGAUUAUUCCUUCUCGGAAGGUAUAGUAGAAUAAUUUACAUUUCAGUAUGUUUGUAUUUCGGUACCUUCAGAGUUGAGAGGACAUAUUAUCCUUUUUAAGAAAACUGUCAGCAAAUGGUGGCAAUAUGAAACCUCACAGACGUAACUGAAAUAAUGCACUAGUAGCAUUUUGGCUUUUGUAAGUCUGUGCUAAGAGAGCAACUUACAAUGGAAGCCCGAUGUUUUGAAUGACCCUGGGAAAAGCAAAUUGGUUGCAGUUAUCAUGAGGUUUAAAAAAUUGGAUGUAAAAUUAGCUAGUGAAGGAAAGAUAGAACUGGAAUUUUGAAAAGCCAUAGCUGCAAAAGCAGCCAUCGCUCCUUGCUGCUAGGGAAGUUUCACUAGGAGAGAUGUUUGCACCUCAGAUACAGAAAUUCCAUACUGAUGAUGUAAAUCAAUGUUUACAUAAUAAAUCCGAUAGUCACGGGGUUCCGAAAUAAUGUAAAUUUGUUUGAUUUUGUUUCUCUAAAGUGUUGGGUUCUUCUGCGAAUGAGCUCCAGCAAAACUCAAAUGCACCACGAAUAUUGACUGUUCUGUAGUAGAUUCACCAUGUUACAGUUUAACUUUGUGACCAUUUGUCUUUCAAUACAUCUAGCUAAAUCAGUAUAAUACUAUGUCAACCAAUCAUAGCUCCAGACCAGAUUUUGGACAGAUUUUAUGUCAACAGUAUGGAAUUUCUGCCUUCUGGUGAAACAUCCCUAUCAGUGAGGAGUAAAGAGAUACUGCUGUUUUUGCAGGCUACAAAAAUAAAGGGUUAAGAAAUCAGCAUUGUUCUUAACAUGAUUGCAGUAAUUUUUUAUACGUGCAGUACCUGACCUCAACUCUGUGAUGAAAAGCUUUAUUGGAAUUACCGUAUGAGGUUUUAAAAACUCAUGAGUAGAUUUUGGCUCCUGAGAGUUGAGGCACUUAUUUGGUACAUGUAGAUUUUGAUCUAAGCGAACUGCUGGCAUUGUUUGAAACCCCUGUUUUUAAUUGUCAGAACUCCUCGCCCUAUAUCAGUUAAACAGUUGGAACAUGAAGAAGAUGAAGAUGGUGUGGUAGAUGAAAAUGUUAAGAGGCAUGCUGAUUUUGAAAAGUAAGAUGAUGGUUUGGUCUUUCUGCAUGCGUAAUAAAUUUUGUGUACAUCAUAAAGUUUACAUCAGUUUGAUCACUUUGAUAAAAAAAAAACCUGCCUAAAAAACUAGCACUGUUUUCAGUCGUAGCAAGGGCUUGAAUAAGUGAUGAUUGGGACAAUUACAAUAAACCAAAUGCAAAUACGGUGGACCUGUCAGCCAGCCAGGGUCUAGCUGCGCGAAAGGAAGGUUGGUGGGGCCUCAAGAGUUUUGGUUUGACUGCAUGUCUUAGCAAAUGAGUCGAUCGAUAUGGUUUGCCUGAAGUUGUUGCGUGCCUGAGCGCCACCAAAAAGGAUAUUUUUUUCUAGCUGCGCGCAGACGAAAUUAAACUCUGGUUAACUCCGUCUGCGAAACAGCGCCGAAAUCCUUGUUCUGGACUUCCAGCUGUGUACCCAGAUUUGAGUACGCGCCACGAUUGGCCAGUUAAAAAAGGUCUUUGUUUUGUUUGUCGUGAUCGCCAAUCAGGUUGAAGGGAAUUCGAAAUGCACUUCCGGUAAUUCGUUGAGUCCGUUGGGGGUCCAGAACAAGGAUCUCUGCGCUGCUUCGCAGACGGUACCAAUCAUAGUUUAGUUGUCAUCUGCACGCAGGCUAGAACAACUUUUACUUUCCCAAGAUCUUUUCACAAAGAAAGUUAAGGAUUCAUGCGAUUUGUAGGUAGACUUUCUCCCUGGGAAAGUACAUGCAUCUUUUCAUGCUUACCUGCCAAAUGGCCAAAUGCCAGUUACUGUAAGUCGUCCUUUAACUAGAUCAAAAACUGAGAGGCAGUUAUUGACUCAGAACAAGAAAAAUGGGAGAACAAGAUUGAAUAGCAAGUUUUAUCCAGCCUUGUUAGACUUUCUAUAGCCUGUCUCGUAGAUGUAAUUUAACCUUGGUGAGUAGCAUCUGCAAGGCAGCGUCGAUAUCCUUGUUCAGGGCCCUCAGCAGACUCAACGAAUUUCAUUUCAUCUUGAUUGGCACAUUGACACAAUGGCUUCUUUAACAGGCCAAUCAUGGUGUGUACUCAAAUCCGGUUACACAGGUGGGGGCACUGAAUAAGGAUUUCAGCACCAUUCCACAGAUAAACUCAAGCAGAGUUUAGUUUCGUCUGUGACGCAAGCUAACCUUUCUAGUCGUGGAAAACUCAGUGAUGUCAUGGUGAGGUAAAGGUAGUUACUGAUGAUAUUUUUUCGCUUUGAAAAGUGAUGCAUCUCGAUGAUGAGUCUUUAUAUUGGAAUUACCGUAUUAAGUUUCUGUGGGAACUGUUGAUUCUAAAUGGCACCUGAGAGAUGCAAACAUAAAAUACUUUAUGUAUGGCACAGAAAGGUGGGGUUCACUGGUUCAUUUUAUUUACACUGUUUAAGUAAAAGUUCACAGAUCUAAGUUGUAAGAAUUACAGAUUGCCUUGAAUAGGUAGUUAAAUAAGAUAAAACAGAGUUAUUGGUACAUAUGUAUAUUGAGGAAUGUGUGUGGUGGUCAAAGUAGCAUUCGCUUUUGAGUUGGCCACCACCUACUUUAGAAUCAACAAGAACAAACUGAGUUUACUUCACUUACCACUGUGAAUGGUAUAGUUCCAAUAUUUUAUAACAUGGUAUCCGUGGUAAAUCUUUCUUGCAAGCCCAGAUAUACUGGAAUUUCACUUUUUUCAACAAGCAUGGUAGUAUUUUGCUAACAACAUUGUUUUAAAUGCAUGUGGUGUACUGAAAUCAAGGAAGCUGUCAUUCAUAUGAGGCAGAUAGCCCUCAAUGCUAUUGUGGACUGGCAUCGUAUCCCCCUAAAUGGAAUGUUCCCAUCUAAAAAAUGUGAACAGAUCAUUUGAUGUUAAGUUUUAAAGAAGGAAUAGCAAUAAAAUUUUCACUAGUAACAAAAAGUAUAAAUAAUUUUUCUUUGGCUGCCCAUUUCUACAUUCCGUAACACGAGUUUUGUACUUACUGACAGACCAGAGUGAAACUAACCCCAUACAAUGUCAGUUCAAAGCAUGUUCCUAGGUUCAACAUAAUUAAUAGAAUGGGUUACUCAUACAUGCAACAUUAUCGAUUGCACUGUUGAGCUUAAUUGCAAUGGGCAUCAAAUAUUUCAAGAUAGUUGACAAACAAAGGGAGAAUUGUUCACCAAUAUUGUGAAGCAAGUUUUUAACAGCUGAACUGUUUCCUUUAGGGAGAGAGAGGUUGCCCCCCAUUUUGUGGCACCGAAUACAUUUGAGGCAGAGUGGGCUCAAAGAUGGCGUGCUCUAGAAGAGAUGGAAGUGUCCCAGAAGGAAGCUUUGGAUGUUCAGUUUAAGGAAGCUCGUGAGAAAUUGGAAGCAGAAAUGGAUCAGGCAAUUCAGGAUCAUGAGUCUCUGUUAAUGAGGCAGGGUAUGAACUAUUAAAAUGUUUUCUUCAUUUGAGUGGCCACAAUAAAGUUAAUAACGUCAAACCUCCCUGUAUGGUAAUUGAUGCAGUGAUUUUGUUAUAAAUAGUUAUGGUGAGUCCUGGGACUCAUCUUGUGAAAAAUCAUGAGUCCCAGUUCAAAAAACAAUGAGUUCCUGGAUCUUUUGUAACCACAUAGUUAAUCUGAAGACAGACUCCAAAACUCUGUAUAACAGUUUCAUUACUGAAAUAAAAAUAUACUCCUUCUAUUGUAAAUCACAACAAAGACUGAGAGAAGUAAGCAUUAUUUAACAACAGCCACAAUAACAGCCGCAGAAAUCAUUCAAACGGGAUAUUCUACAAAAACAUCUUCAGAUCGAUCAAUUGAUUGUGGCGUCCUACAGGACGCAUACCACAAAUUUUUUGGCAUCUUUGGAGAUUUUUAUACGGCAGUGAUGCAGGACACAGAUAUAGCAAAAUCACUGCUGAUGGCUUUCUAUAUCUGUGCUUAAAAUUUUAAAAUAUUUUAAAAACUUGAAGAUGCUGCAUCUGCAUCCUUAUGGGUCAAUCCUUUUGGUUACAAGUCCCAUGAUGAUUUCUUGUUUAAAACGGACAAAUAUUUUUGCUGGAACCAAAGGGAACCUCAAGUUAAUGUUUGUUGAUUUGUCCAUAGAAAUCCAGCGUCGUCAAGAAGAACUACAUCGAUUUGAGGAGAUGCGUCAAAGAGAGGAGAUGAUGAGACAAGCAGAGAUGAGGUAAAGGAGAACUACAAUCUUGGACAGAAUAAAAGGGAACAGCAAACCCCCAUACCCCCCAAAUCAAGGAUGAAGCCACAGGAAGGGCGAAACACACCAUUUUCCUAUCUUUGAUUUUGGGGAAUGGGAAAUCAAAUUUCAACUGGUUUCAAGCAAGGUGUUGAUGUCAAAUAAGUUGUGUUGUCGUCAAUGUUAAACAUGAGUACAACUACAGUUAUUGUGAAAGUGCUGGUUGAAGGCUAUCAUGAGCACUCUUUCACUGUCAGUUUUUGUGAAAAGUUUGUUGUUAAGAAGAAAAAGAGAGAUACAGCUGUGGGGGCCCAGCUCUAAAAGUUACCGACAAUGGCCAUGAACAUGUUGUCUUUCUGCCUGACAAAAUCAAAGUAAUUGCAUUGAUUUAGUUUGAUCAGUUCGAUUAAGUUCGGUAUUUAAAAAAAUGCACUUUAUUUGAGUGUCAAUAAUUAUAUUUAGCAUGAAAGUACAGAUAAUGGGGACACUAUUUUUAAGUCUCCUAUGUGGUCAUCCAAGCCAUGCCAAGGUCUAGCCAUUUGCAGGGUAAAGGCACUAUCUUCAUUUCUCAGUCAUUUUAAGACCCUGAGUGUUGGUCCAGCCCCCGGAGUCGAACCCGCGACCUCCUGCUCUGUAGUCCAUUGUUCUAACAACUGAGCUAAUCCUGCUGUGGUACUGAAAAGUUCUCACUGAAAAGUUCCAGUUCAACUAUGUUUAAUUACCGAACCGAUCGAACAACAAUCAAACAAUUGGGUUUGAUAGAGUUUAAGUGAUUUUUUGUUCGGUUUUGUUUGAUUUACUACUCCAUUAUUAACAUUGUUUUUCUGUGUGUGCUUGUGUUCAUCACAGGAGACAGGAGGAAAUGCGUUUGCAGGAAGAACUGUUUCGAAGGGAAGAGGAACUGCGUCGAAAGGAGGAGCUGUUUAGACAGCAGCAACAGGAGCUCCAGAGGCAUAGGGAGGUCAGGCUUCUGAUUUAAGAGCUGUUUGAUUAUUCAUGAGCUUGGGAAGUGCUAAUGCCUUCCUUGUACCACACUUCCUUGUUACGUUAAUUCUUGAAACACUCUAGAGUGGGAAAUUGUCUCUUUGUUUGACUGUAAAAUGUUUGCCUGUGUAUGGAACGCACUCUACAUUUUCAUUACUUCUUGGAAAUAUAAAGCUUAACACAAUAGAAAGGGAAAUAGCCCCCAAAAAUCUCUUUCGGUUCUUCCUCUUCUUUACUCUCAUUGUUUGCUUAUUUGUGCAUCUUGUAGGAAGAAACUUAUCUGGGAAAGAAUAACCACAUUUAAAUGCCAAAUAAGAUAAUAGCUUUUGAUCAUACAAGUUUAUCUAAGGAAAAUAUUGCAUUUGGGUAAUGAAUCUAAGUUAUUGGAAUUACUGUAUGAAUUAAUGAAUAGGCUAACAAACUUUAUUCAUUUACUUUGGCUAUUAUUAUUAUUGCUGAGGUGGUCUUUUAUUCAAAACUCAUAAAAAUGUGCUUUAAUACUCAGGAAUCCAUGAGACGAAUUGAUUCAAGCUAUUCAGGAGGAUUUCCUCCUAAGGUAGGACUCUUGUCUUUAUAAGUCACUUAUAGCUGAGAGCAAAGCAAAAAUAAGCUAUUAUUUUGUUAAUCCGUCUAGCAAACUUAAAGACAAGUUCACAUUCACCACUUUAAAAACAAAAAGGAAACUGACCCAAGCUUACUUUUGCAAAGAGUUCUAAUCCUGUUACUGAGGACAGGGCAAACAAAUUGCAUGUUUCGUACAAUCUUGAAAAGAUCUUGAAAGUUAGUAGUCGUCUUGACACCUGUAUAAAGUUUUCAUUCAUUCAUUCAUUCAUAUUACAGGGACCUCCUGGUGGAAUGGGCCGUGGAAUGGAUUGGGACAGAGGUGCUGGUGGUCCUCCUCCACGUGGUGGCCCACCCCUACGUGGUGGACCAGGGCCUGGUAUUCGUCCACCGGGUAUGAUGAAUCCUCCUAGAAUGGGCCCAGGAAUGAUGCCUCCCAGAGGACCACCCCCUAUGGGAGGUCCACCAAUGGGUGGUCCUCGUGGACCCAUGGGAUCUGGACCUCGUGGACCUGGUCCGGUAAGUGAGCACUUAAAAAUUUAUGUAAGAGUUAUACAACUUAAUGGAUCACUUCUUGGAAUACUCUUCAUGGGAGAUGAUGUUCAGGAUGAAAGUAAUUUGAAGGAUGCCAUACACAAAAUGUAGUGUCAUGCUUAAUUGUCAUAUCAGCAAGCCACAAAAGAGGGACUAUGUUUCCAACCUUAAAGCCAGUUUUUUUCUCAGAUCAUUCAUAGUAGCAUACAGGAUUAUCAAAGGAACAGGUUUCGUAUCAAAUUUGGGAGAUGUCUAGUUUGUGAUGAUUGUCUAUAGAUGCAAUAAGUGAAAAUAGAACUCUGGUAUAGUGAAACAUAAUUGCUUAGGUUUCAAGUUAUUCCAGCUUCUUUUGCCUGUUUUGUCCACAUAAUUAUAACAACUGACAACAAUGUUUCCUGUUGAUAAUACUGUAAUAAGAACCAAUAUCUGGUGGAAGUAAAUGAAUGUCUAGAAAUAGGGUAUAUACAACAAUUUUAUUUUGUUUCACAAUAUCAAGAAAGUAAUAUAAGAAAUGUUUUGCAUGAUGUCAGGUUAUCAGGCUGAAGAGUAAGGUUUAAAUAAACUACAUCAUCUGUGUCACUAGUUUAAAAAUUUAAUUUACGUUUUCAUAUUUGAGCAAUAAUGCUAGUUUUACUAAACUGUUUGAAUUUUAAGUUGAAAUAAGAUUUGUUUUGUAGCUCUAGAUUAGAUUUUUGCUAGUCUCUGCAAAAGAAAAAAUGGCUUGGUGACUACAUAUUUUAGUGCUUGUACAGUUUUCCAAGCAUUUACAAAGACAGGCAAAGUUACAGCCAAAAUUAUUUAUUUCCGGAGUAUUAAUAUGAUUCAACACUAAGACUGAUAACAAGAGCAUUAAAACAUUCGGGUGAUGAACACUUUUUUUUUUGGUUUACCAUAAUGGAUGUAGUGAAUGUAAGUUACUAUACUACUGAAACAGCCUCUAGCCUUAGCAAACCUAUCUGUUAAUUUGAUAACUUUUUACUGAUGUUGUGUCUUUUAUUGCAUAGUGUGUGUACUAGUAUAUCUUGAUAACUUAACAUUUUGAGCCAUAUUUUAUAUAUUCAUAUCAUUAAUGUUAGUGGAAGAAAUGAAAUGGAUACAAGAAACAGUAGUGAUACCAGAUGCUUGAUGAGCUAGUAAAAGAAUGUUUUAUACCUUGGUUUAUUCUAAUUUUGAUGUAUUUGCUUUUUGUUCCUGCUGCUGGCUGCCUCCAUGGAUUUUCUCUGUUGUGCGUUGGACUUGUGGAUCUUAUCAUGAACUUUGCAAACUUGACAAUGUUAUUGGUGACUUAAUUUAUCAUUCAUUCAGAGGCCACGGUUUGAAAAUGAUCGAGAACGUAGUCGUGAAAGGGUAGAUCAAGAUCGGCUUGCUGCACGCUCGCGUGAACCUCCCUCAAGAGAGCAUGGAGAUUUCAAGAGAUUCCGUUAUUAAGCGUGUACAUUACAGAAACUUUACUGUUGACUGCAAUUUUGUAGUGCAUCAAAGAGAACGUAAACCUCUGAGAUUUUAGAACACUGCACAAUGGCGUUCAUAUGUCUCUGUUUCUGACACAAGUGUUGUAUUAUUCAGACAGCUCUAAUGUUCAGAAUACAAGUACCUUUCCAUCGUUUGUUUAAGUAGUUCACAGCUGAUGUUAGAGUCAAUUCGCUACCUGGAAGGAGGAAGAAGGUCCUUAGUUUUUUUAGUAGACUUAAAAAUAAGCUGAAAGUAAUAUUAUAGCAACAAUAACAUUAUUGUUCUUAGCAGUAUUUAUCCUAGCUGGAAAAUCGGAAACGUUUUGAAGCAAAAUGUACUUCGGCACAUUGUUAUUUCAAAUAAGUGAAUUAUCUUAAGAACCAGUUGAUUUCAGGAAGUUUUAGAAAUUUUACUUAACUGUGUAAGGGGAAAACUUUAUUACUCAGGGCUAUUAUUAUUAUAAUUAUUGCAAUUGAUUUGGCAAUUUAUUUUGUAGGAUUUCUCUUGUGUUUGCCAAACUGUAUAGAAGGGUCGAGUUCUUUCAAUAAAUUAAGUGUGUUGAAAAUGCAGAGAUUUUGGCAUUGUAUGUUAUUGUUUAUUUCCUUUGAUAUGAUCUUUCAUCAAAACUGUCACCACCUAAAAAAGGCAGUAAGCCAUCGGCAGGUGACGUGUGUCACCCCAUAGUAUACGGGGCUAGUUGUUUCAAAGUAGCCCAUAGAAGCAUAUUUUUUUAUUUUCUUUUCAAUGAAAAACAUUCACUUUAAAAUGUUAAGUCGCUGAAAAACAGAUUUGUCUUUCCGGAAAAAAAAGAUAAAAGUUUGACUUCUUUAAUUUAUCGUGUUCCGCACAAUUCAUAAUCUUAGGAUUCCUGUGUUACUUGAUUAUCCUAUUAUGUGAGCAAGUUCUUCUAGUCGUACGUCUGAAUUUCCAGCACCAGUUUGAAUUUCACCGUAGGUGCACGUUCAUCACCCUUGUUCCAUGAGUAAUAAUAAUAAUAAAUUAAUAAUUUAUAUAGUGCUUUUACAUUAAUCAUCAUAGGGCUUUACUACAGUAGUAAUUACAAUCCUACGUAACAAUAAUUAAAAAGUAAAAUAAAUUUUACAACUCAGUAUACUAAUUUGCACUUUCAUCAAGCUUUUAACCUUUCUUAGUGAAAGAGGUAAUUCAUCACAAAGUUUGGGAUCCGCAGUGAAGAACGCUUUAUCACCAUAAUGUGACUGUCCUUGAUCUAGGAACAGUAAGAAGUUCUUGUGAACAUGAUCGUAAUGUGUGGAUUUAACAGAACUGAUAAAUAACUAGGAGCAAAACCACUGAGUGAUUUAUAAAUCAACAAUAGAAUCCUUAAAAUAAUACGAUGAGAAACAGGUAACCAGUGGAGCCUU